AUUUUUUUCCCUAUAAAAGUUAUUCUAUUGGUUGUUUUCUGACCAAUCAAUUUGUGACUGUGCACCAUGCCAACAGACUUUCUUUUUACUAGAAAGUAGUAGAUCAAGGUGAAUUACAUCUGUGUAUUCUAGUACCCUUUAAAUUACUGGAGGUGUUUAUUCACACUUAAGCAACAUACUUAUGAAUAAUUGCUAAACGAAACAUUUCAGUACAUAUAAAAAUUGAGGAAAAAGCAUCAUUCACUUGCAAAAUGUUUCAUAACACUACUGAUCAGUAGAGACAUCAACAUACAUCAACAGUCAUAAUUCGUCAUCAUCUCUCUAACAAUGCCACUGACUGGACCUCAUGAAAAUUUGCGUAACUUCUGCUCACGUAUAUCACGCUAUAUACCAGAACUUCAUCCAGAACCACCGCCUAUAAUUAAAAAUUAUGGUCGUUGUCCAUAUUUUUAUAAAUUACGUCUUGGGACAAGAGAUUUAGUUGAAAAGUACAAUGGGGAUAUGCUGCCGUCUAUGCAAAGGUUAUCAUCUGUACCAAGAGAUUCAAUCGGCACACAUUCUGAUGAUAUGAAAAUUCAAGAUUAUCGAUGGCUUAUGAAUAAAAAGUUAACAUGCAUACUUUUAUGGUUAGGUGUUAUUAUCUUGAUAGUUGGAAUUAUUGCCCUACAGAUUGCAAGUUUUUUUCAACACAAACGACAGGAUAUAUUAUCAAUUGGAGUUGGUUGCUUAAGUUCUGGUCUUUGUCUUCUAUCUGUUACAAUGUUCACCUUCUUACAUGCACAUGUUUUUAUCUACGAAAUGCCUGAAGAUGAUAUUGCAAACGAGUACCAAGAGACUACGAGGAGAGGGGAAGAAGUAUGCAUCAUUGAAGAUGAAAUCGAAACGAACAAAUCUAAACACGAUAAUAGACGAUCAUCUUAGAUUUGAAUCGCCCCCCUUCCCCCCUUCAUUUUCUCUUUUUGCUACUAUUGGCAUGAAUUUGUUUGUUUUAAUUUUCAUUUAUUCAAUCUUAUUUACACUGAAUAACAUUUUCUUCUUCGGUUAUAUAUUAUCACUGCUAAUUGAACAUGUGAUUAAACUUUUAUGGGUCAAUUUUUGUUUGUUCUAUUUUGUUCUUUUACUUUUUUCCCCCUUUUUUUUCUUCUCUACACCAGAAUAAAAAUUACAAGUGAAAUAAAUUUUCUUGUAAAUAAAUAUAAAAAGUUCAAUUAUGAA